AUUUUGCAUCCUCAACGGUUUCUUAUAUCAUGUCGUUCUCCAGUUUAGUGAAUAAAUGAGCAAUAAUGCAUUAAAUAUUGGUUCGCGCGUAUUUAGUUUACACCAGUUUGUAGUGGUCUUUAUUAUUUGGUUUUUGUAAUAGUCACGGUGAUAGGUGAAAUAGUGCCAAUCAGGCAAACAAAACUUUGAAACUAUGGACGGCAAAAAAAUAGUCGCGCGGACUGCGCAUUUAAAUGGAUUAAUUCUCGGUCGAUCAGUAGGAUGUCCAACCCCAACGAAACCACCGAUCGAUGCAUCACUGGAAACGGCAAUUUCUCGCGAGGGCCUCCUGGAUUCAUUAUUCGUGUUAUACGAGGAAUGCAGCAAGGAUGCUUUGAAAAAGAAAGAUAAAUCUAUUGCUGAGUUUGUAAACAAAUAUCGGCCCAUAAUCAAACAAACCCGUGCCAUGCGGGUCAACAUAAAUGAUUUUGACGUUAGAAAUUUAAUCGGAAAAGGAUAUUUUGGGGAAGUACAUUUGGUGUACGAACGUGGUCAAAGAAAUGGCGAAGUUUACGCCAUGAAAAAAAUGUGCAAAGCAAUGGUUACGGCAACCCAAAUUCGAGAAGAACGCGACAUUAUGGCUUGCAGAACCUCGGAGUGGAUUACUUCUUUACAGUAUGCAUUUCAGGACCAAGAAUGUCUGUACUUGGUGAUGGAAUAUCUUCCUGGAGGCGAUCUGCUUAGUCUGAUGAUUCGAACUGGAAUAUUUGAUGAAGAGUUAGCGCAGUUUUAUUUAGCGGAAUUGACGGAGGCGCUCAAUUCAUUACAUUCACUUGGAUAUGUGCAUCGCGAUAUUAAACCGGAAAAUAUUUUGUUGGAUAGGUUCGGUCAUCUUAAACUGGCAGACUUUGGUAAUGCAAUAGCAAUAAACAAGGAUGGAAGCGUGACGAGUAUGACACCCGUUGGUACACCAGAUUACGUUGCACCGGAGCUUUUGCAAACGUUGUCGACCACAAGUCGAUCGCCAAACAGUAAUCACGAUGUUACUUGUGAUUUUUGGUCAAUGGGCAUCAUUGGAUACGAGUUUGUUACAGAAACCACACCAUUUCAUGAUGAAAAUGUUAAUGAGACUUACUCUAAAAUUGUCGCUCACUGUGAGGGCAGAUUUACCAGAAAACUUCAAUAUCCAGCACACGUAUCAAUUUCAUCGCACUACAGAGAUUUAAUUGAUAGGCUUGUAACGAAAGCAUCCAAUCGAAUGGGAUAUUCAGAGAUCAGACAACACCCGUUCUUCAGUGACGUCAAAUGGGAUAAGUUGAGAUAUCAAAUUCCACCUAUAAUUCCAACAAUUAGUAGCGAUGAUGACACAUCUAAUUUCGAAGAUGUUGACAAAUCGGUCAAACGAAAUGGGUUUGUUAAUAAGCCUACCUAUCCUAUAUCGAAAGUAAAUGAUUUUAGCGGACAAAACCUGCCUUUUCUCGGCUAUAGUUAUGUCUAUGAAGAACCGGACAUAGCUGGAAGAUAUCGUGAUACUGAUGAGCAUAUGGCUUCCACUAGAUUGUCCCAAAAAAUUAAGGAGCAAGAUCGAUUGAUUAAAGAACACAACGAAGAAAUACACCAGUUACAACGCGGUAUUUUGGAGCGGGAUCGCAAGAUUGCCUCGAUGAAUGCACAGAGUAAAAUAUUCGGAGAUACGAAGAAAGAAAUGGAAAAUCUGCAGGAGUUACUAAAGAUCAAAACUGCUGAGCUUGCUGCUGCCAAAACUGACAUCAAGACGCUACGGAAUAGAUUCAAGAUCGAGGAAGAGCAGCGUUUGAAGAACGAAGCAACUUUGGCAGAUAUGUUGAAGCAGACGUACAAAAAGUGGGAAAAGGCUAAGCAAGCGUCGGAUCAAGUAUACGAAAAACAGAUUAUAGAUCGACGUACUGAGUUCAACAGUUUAAACGAAACGUUUCGGCAUCAAGCUAACGAACUACGCUCUAAGGUGGAGGAGUGCACUCAGCUACAAUCGAUGAUUAACAAUUAUAAAGAAUUAUUAAGAAAGUCUAAAGAUAAGCUGAAGGAAGAUUAUGACCAAAGCCAUGACCAGUUGGUGACGGCUUACGAAACAAAAAUUGUUGACCUAAAGCAAAAGUGGAAAGCGGAAAAGGAUAUGCGAGGAAAGCAAGAAGAGGAAAUUCGAGAGCUUCGAUCUAGAUUGCAGGAACGAGAGCAUGAUGUUAGAAGUAAUGAGCAUUCGCAUCAGAAAUUCGUUGAUAACCUCAAGCGACGAAUGACUAUCCAGCUAGAGGAAGCCAAGCAGGUGACCGACAAGAUUAGCGAAGAGAUGCAACAGAAAUGCAACAAUUUACGAAAAGAGAUCAGCAAAUUGCAAGAGCAGAGCGUUUCGUGCAGUACUAGCAGCAGCAACCGGAGCUCGGUGUAUAGUGUCAAUGAGCAAGAGUUCAAGAGUGCCAACUCCAGCUUGCAGGAACUGCACACGCAAGUUGAAGAGCAACUGCGUAACGAUUUAAUUAAGGCAAGAGAAAGCGAAGAUCUGCAACGUAAGCGGGCUGAUAGUUUGGAGGAGGUUGUUUCGCGCCUUGAAAAAAUUAUCGAUCAGUUCAAGACGAGUCCCGGUGGUGUGGCGGCUGCUGGAUCUAGUAGCGUAACUCUGACAUCAACUUCUUUAUUGGAGCGACAAAAUGAACGACUGGAGGAUAGAUUGAAUGCCGUUAGAGAGCAGUCAAUUUUGGAUAAGCAAUCCGCAAGGACUGCUAACCUGUCACUGUGGAAAUUAGAGAAGGAACUAGACCGAAUUAAAUUAGAUAAUUCUAUUCUUGGACGAAAGGUCGAACAAACUGACGAAAGAGCUAACAAAAUUCGAAAGGAAAAGGAAGAGGCCGAGUUUAAAGUUAAACAAGCCGAAGAAACGAUUUCCAAUAAGGUGAAGUGUAUUGACGAAUUAAAAGAAGAUAUUCGUUUGUUAAAAGACGAUUUGAAAAAGGAAAAGAACGCUAGAGACAUUGUAGAAAGAGGACGAUUGACCGAGAAAGCUGACUUGAUUGCCACUACUGCAAAGCUGCAGAGUUUAGAGGAGAAAUUAGACGAAGCCAAACAAAAAGUAAACCAGGCCAAUGAUAAUUUCAGAAUGAUUACAUCGGAAAACUCAAAGCUUCUUCGCGAGCUGAACGAAUGUCAGGAGGAUCUUGCUGGUGCUGAAGAAGCUAAGAAAGAACUUGAGCAAAAGUUGGCAUCCGUUACCAAAAAUUUUAACUUGCUUAAAGGUGCAUGCAGUAUUACUGAAACACAACUAACAGAACUAGAAAUUAUGUUAACGAAGGAGCAGAAACGAAACAAGGAAAGUCAGGAGAAGAUUGACGGUUUGUGGAAAGAAAUGAAUAUAAAGGAUUCAGAAAUCACGAAACUUCGUCAGGAGUUGCAUCAGGAGAAAAGUACGAAAACUUUACAUGAAUCGAAAACUACUCAGCUGCAAUCUGAAUAUGAUAAACUCCGUGAAAAGUUCGAAGAACUGCAAAGCCAAAUGCUUGAUCAGCAAAAAGAGUUGAUAGAAAAAACGACGAGUUUAUUCGAAGUUCAAGAACGUAUCGAGAUGUUGAAUUUGGAUACAGCAAAUUUACAGAAGGUAGUUUCGAAUUACGAGCAUGAGCAUUUGUUGUUGAAAGAGGAAAAUUCGAAGAUUCUCACGGAUUUGUUUAUGGCCAAGGAGCACAUCACGAAACAAAACAAUGAAAUCAAAGAUUACAAAAAUCAACUCAAUCAGCUCAGCAACGAACUUGAUCAUGUUAAAACUGUGUUAGCCGAACAGAAAACAUUCUACUCAGAACGCAACAUCAAAUCGGAAGCUACUCUUGAUCAGUAUAAAAAAUUGAUUGACUUUCUUCAAGCCCGAGUAGAUGAAAAUGCCCACAAGAAAAAGAAAUCAUUCGCAGAUAUUAUUUUCGGUACUAGCGGCCAUGACAAGAAAGAAAACAUUCCUCCUUCCACUCCAAUUAUGGUUGAAAACACCACCAGUUACAAGAAACUUCAGGAAGAACUACAAAAAGAGCGUCAUCGAACCAAUCAGCUGAAAGAGCAAUUGUUGCGGACGAAAACAGAUAUGAUUGCAAUGCAAGGUUCGUUGAAAAAGGCUCGUAAGGAUGAAGAGAACCAACAGCAGUUGGUUGCUGAAAACUCCAAGAAAGAAACUUUGCCAGGUAGAACACCCUCGAACAAAUCAUCAAAACCGUCGUUCAGAGUAGAACCGAAGAAUAUUGCCAAGCGACAACCCGCGUCAGGCACAAAAGCUCAUACAUUUGAUAUGACUUUGGAAACACCGUCUUCGAAGAACCCUGUGCAAUUGUGCAGUGUUUGUGAUCGUCAUAUUCUGGCUGGACAUCCCUACUGGAAAUGUACAGUAUGUGCUACAAAUGUGCAUAGAAAAUGUCGUUCUGGCGUUACUGACAACUGUCGGGGUGAUGGUGAUUUAGAUUCGUUAGCUAACGAACUUGUACAAGAAGCUGCCACUAGCAGCGAUACGGAAUCGAUACAAGAGAGAAUAAGCUUCAUGGGCACCGAUUCCGGUCCUGCAAGCAGUGCAGAUGAGAAGACUGAUGAUGAUGAUGACAAAUAUGUAGGUGAUUUGCUGUUCAAGAUAAAACGAUUGGAACCGGUGCUGACUAUCAACGAUGUGUAUGAUGUGACCGAAAAUGUUGUAUUGUUAGCCUGCGACAGCGGUUUGUAUUCCUACAAUGUUGAAACUUGCGAGUCAGUACAAAUUAAAGGUAUACUGAAUUUGAAAUCCUUCGCCAUAUCACAGCAUAUUCCGAAGGCGAUUAUAAUUGGCAAUGAUGGUGAAUAUCUUUACCAGUGCGAUGUCCGCCACCUUCAAAGCCGUGCUCAAGCUUCGUCUUGCCUCUCUCCGAAAUUGGAGACCUUCGUUCUGGAUUUGUCAAUCGCAAACCGCACUCAUAAUGAACGGUGGCAUCUAGUCCGUAUCAUGGAUGAUGGGUCCCAGCAAUUAUCAGAUGCUGUUGCGAUUGCAGCGACCUCUUCACGGAUUGUGAUACUUAAGUUCGAUGUUAACCUUGGUCGAUUUAAACCGGUUCGCGGUUUGGACACAGUACUUCCGGUUACGUCGGUGUUGUUUACCAAGCAUACUGCUAUCGUAAGCUCUGAUAAAUUUUUCGAAAUUGAUCUCAGAUCGUAUGGCGCUGAGGAGUUUCUGGAUAUGUCUGAUACAAGCCUUAAGGACAUCCGCACAUGCUCUCCGAUGGCCGCUUUCAAAGUAAACAGCCAGGAAUUUCUGUUGUGUUUUAAAGAAGUUGGAAUAUUUGUGGACGAAUUUGGCUGUCGUUCAAGACCGGAUAACAUAAACUGGCUCCAGGAACCACUGGACUUCAAAUAUCGAGAAUCGUGCCUGUUUAUGGCUCAUUCUGACUGUGUUCAGGUGAUGUAUGUAAGCAAAUCGUACACAAAGGAGUUGGAACGUAGAGAAGCAGCCGAUGAACGGAGGGCUUUCGUUAAUCUCAACUCACCACGACUGCUAUCAUUCUUGGAUUUUGCUCGUACAAGUAUCUAUGUCGCAUGCGAGUGUGGCCCAGAGCGGGAGAAAGAGAUUAUUAAACUUGAUGGCUACAAAGCACUACAAACGACAACACCAGGUAUUGGUAGUUCUAUGGAAACCUUGUCUAGUUUGGCAAGUUUUCCAGCAACUAUGGCUCAAAGUAACGAAUCUGUAUCAACGCUUGGACAUGCGGUUUAAUUUUAAUCAUUUUUAAAUGAUGGUAUCAUUCGAACUGAAUGAAUAUUCAAAAUGCGAGACGCGAAGUUUGUUCCCUUAAUAAAGGUUUUACUUUUCAAAUA